GGAAGAAAUUAAGCCUGUCGAAGGGAAAGGUAUUCGGAUAUUGUCUAACGAAGAGGGAAAAACACCUUGGCGAAGGGAGUGAACGAGGGGCCGGAUUGCGCCUGCGUUGGAGGGAGCGGGUCAGGCACGCAGGAAACCGACCUCACAUUAUACAGACCUUCGCUGGGUGUUGUUUCGUGUGCAGACACAAUGACGUGUUCCUGUGAGCACGUGAGGCUACUGCUUGUUCUGGCCGCCUGUGCUUGCGUCCAGGCAGCUUCCGUCGCCAAGCCAGGAACCUCCGGAGACGGGACGCCCCUCAAGGACAAGUUCGAGUUCAAGCACCACACUAACGACGAGGUGGAACAGGUCCUGAAGGAGACGGCGGAGAGGUGCAAAGACGUGGCCCGCCUCUACGCCCUCAGCGAGCCUUCUGUGAGGAACGUCCCUCUGUGGGUUAUCGAGUUUUCCGAUCGUCCUGGCCAGCAUGAGCUCCUGGAACCGGAAUUCAAAUACGUGGCCAACAUGCACGGCAACGAGGUCCUUGGGCGCGAGCUGCUCCUGGCCCUCGCCCACCACCUGUGCCAGGGAUGGAGGGAUGGCGACAAGGAAGUCAAGGACCUCCUGACGUCGACGAGGAUUCACCUGCUGCCUUCCAUGAACCCCGAUGGAUGGCAACUCUCGACCGACACUGGCGGGAAGGACUACCUCCGCGGCCGCUCCAACAACAACAGCGUCGACCUGAACAGGGACUUCCCCGACCUGGACCGCAUCAUGUACUCCAACGAGGCGCGUCACAACAGUUACAACAACCACCUCAUGGCGCAGCUCAAGAGGCUGGAUCACCAGCCCCAGCCGGAGACCCUCGCCGUCAUGAAGUGGAUCGUGAACACGCCCUUCGUGCUCUCAGCCAACUUCCACGGCGGAGAUCUCGUGGCCAACUACCCUUACGACGCCUCCCGCUCCGGCGCCGCUCAGGAGUACGCUCGUAGCCCCGACGACGAGACUUUCCGCCACCUCGCAGAAGUGUACGCCCAACACCACCCUCGCAUGGCCGAUCCUCAACGCCCAUCCUGCAGCCCCGGCGAGUACUCCUUCGGGCGUGACGGCGGAGUGACCAACGGGGCCGCCUGGUACUCCGUGAGCGGCGGCAUGCAAGACUUCAACUACCUGUCUUCAAAUGACCUCGAAGUGACCCUGGAAAUUGGCUGUAACAAGUACCCCCCUUCAUCGGCUCUCUAUCAGGAGUGGUUGGACAACAAGGAUGCUAUGAUGGAAUACAUGUGGCAGACUCACAUGGGCGUGAAGGGCGUGGUCAGGGACUCGCUAACCGGCCAGGGCAUCCCCAAUGUGGCCAUCCACACCAAGAACGUCACCCGCGUCAACGACACACACGUGAGGGACGACCACAUCAACCAUGACGUCACUUCCGUCCACGAGGGUGACUACUGGCGCCUGCUCACUCCAGGGACCUACGAACUCACCGCAGAGGCUGAGGGUUACCUGCCCCUCACCCACACAGUCACGGUGACCAACCCUCCCCACACGGAAGCCGUGCGGAGGGACUUCGAUCUCACGUCGAUUCCUGAGGUCCUGGUUCCUCAGGCGCAGGAUAUCUACGAGGACUACCCAAUGCCCCAAGAGGAGCUGCCUCUCGAGGAAGAGAUACUGGGACGACUUCGAAGCUUCAACCGCCUCCGCUACUGAAGCCCCGAAGCUCCGGAACCCGAGUCACAACAACACCCGUAGAAUGAACCACCUUUGGUCAUUAUAUUUUGUUUCGCCCCGUUUGUCGGGAUGAUGGAAUAUGAAUUUAUUUUCUCUAUCUCCAUUUUGUCUAUCGAAUAUCUAAGUCGCUGGUUAAGUGAUACUGAUUAGUUGGCUGGUUGGUUUCUUGAUUUGAUUAAUUGUCAUCUAAUGCAGAAAAUUUCUCUUGGAUUAUAUUAACCUCUGGGAUUUU